GAAGAUGGCUUCUGCAAGUCCCUCACCCAUCAGCAUGUGAAACACCCAAACCGUUUCCCUCGGACUAGCCUUCACACUCAUGAUGCCUGGAAUGUCUUUGCAGGAUGGAGGCAGCCUGCCUUCCCCUCUGGCUAACAGAAGAGUUUGAUGUUUGAUGUUUUCUGCAGUGUGAACGCAUUCUGUUAACAGCAGUGCACAUGGCCAUAUCCUGCUAGCCCAAAACACAGUGGAGUCUCUGCGCAAUUCAGGAAAUGGUCGACAACCGUGCACUUGCUCUUGUUGUUGUUGCUGUUUUGCUCCAGAAAUUCAGAGGUGUGUGUUCCAGCUCUGUAUUGUUUGCAUAUAAAGCUUUAGAUGGGGAGCUUUUCAUACUGCAGUGUGCCUCUCCACACCAACCCUAUCUCUUCAACAAAUCUGCGAUCCUGGAGCAAAGCACAGUAUGGUUCUGGCACGAGGGAGAGAAGAAGAGAGAGCUUCCUGGGAUGGAUGACAGCAUUGUGAAAGUGGGGAAUUCCCUGUGGUUUUCUAAAAUAACUGAAAAGCACUCUGGGAACUAUUCCUGUUAUAACAGUCUUUGCUGGCCUGCUUUAAUGGCUCUGCCUAGAACUUCCUGAGAAAAGAAAAAUAACAAAUAAAAUUGGGGUGACAUACCACACUGAUCAAGUCAACAACAACAACAAAAUCACAUUUUAGUUCCAGUCACAGGAACACUGCAGGAAUGUUGGCUGUUGGUUGGGGCGAAGAUGGUGCGUUGCACUUCCUGGUUGAUGUGGUACAGAGGAAUGAGACUGUGUGCCAUGACAAUUGGAAGAGCGAGAUGACACUGGUUAUUGGACCGGGGAGCAAAAUCGCCUGUCCAGAUGUGAGGUGCUAUACAUCAGCUCCAAAAGAAGCCAUCAGGUGGUACAAGAAUCAUUUCUCUGCUAAAGAACUGACCAACAGGCAGUUGGACCUGCUUCCAGAUGGCCAGCUCUUUCUAGGAAGGAUCCAUGAGCAGGAUAAUGCAAACUUCACCUGCGACCUAAGCUAUGUGGAAGAGCUGCACUGGACCUUCAGAAGGACUGUCAGAGUGAAAGCUAUACCGCCGGACACCAAGUCCCUGCCCAACAUCCUGUAUCCCCACGGUAACAAGACAGAGGAAGUGGAGCUGGGAAAGCGUCAUACACUCACGUGUAAGGUACAAUUCGGUUAUGAGAGGAACUCCAGUGCAAUGGUCAGAUGGUGGGUCAGAUACCAUGACAACGGCAGCAUGGGAGCUUUGGAGAUGGACCCUCCUAAGAUAGUGCAUUCCUUGAUCUGGGAAAGUACCACCAAUUACAGUGCACACCUGGAGCAAGUGACCCAGAGGCACCUGGAAGCAACAUUCACCUGCUGGGCACAGAACUCCAGAGGCAAUGCCAGUGCUACCAUCAGACUACAGAGAAGACCUGAAGUGGCUGGACUCUUACUCAUUAUUGUGGGGCCUGCUGUCACAGUGGUGCUCAUAAGUGGAAUCAGCAUAUUAGUGCGGAUUUAUUGGCUGGAGAUUUACCUUUUGUACAGAACCUACUUCUCACUGGAAGAAACAGUCUCAGCAGGAAAGGAGUAUGACGCCUUUGUGUCGUAUGUGAGUGACUCUUCCUCAGAGGAGGAACACUGCACACAGACAGGGGAGACCCUGGGAAUGCACCACCUGCCCAAUGUGCUGGAGAAACAGUAUGGCUACAGGCUGUGUCUGCUGCAGAGAGACCUGGCACCUGGAGGAGUGUACACAGAGGACGUGGUGUGGGCGAUGCAGAGGAGCAGGAGAGUGAUCUGUGUGCUGAGCUCCUGUUACCUGCGCAGCAGCUGCCUGUUUGAGCUGGAGACCAGCCUGGAAGCCCUGCAGCAGGACAGAGGCCUCCGGCUCAUCCUGGUGUGGAGCAGCCCGGCACCUCCCUGCCUCAAAGGCCUGCCCCUGCCCCCCACCGUCAGGCGGGCCCUGAGAGUGCUCCCUGCGCUCCACUGGAGCCCUUCCCAGCUCAGGCCCUCCCAGGGACCCUUCUGGAAGGCCCUAAAGCGGGCCAUGCCGAUCAGCCCCCUGCCACCGCCAUCAAGCUCUGCACCGAAGGGUGGGCUACCUGGGGAGACAUAGCUGUGCGCUAUCACACCUCCAUCCAUCUACACACACAUGCUCUGUCUAUACAAUCAUAAAAACUGUUAUCAUUGAGUUAUUUAUCUUUGUAUUUAUUUGGAAUUUUAGGUAAAUAGCAGUGCACUGAUGGGUAUUUAUCGCAGAAAUAAACAGGGAGGUAAAUGUAUCCGCUCCGUCUGUUGUUACAAGGUGAAGAUGGAGUGACCUUUGGAUAAGAUGGUCUGCUAAUGGCAAUAAAGUACGGGUUUAGCUCCUGUGACUAAAAGCAGCCACUUCAGGAAGGCAUUAUUUUAAAUGUGUGAAGUUUCCAAAGUGUCUGUCUUCAAUGGAAUGCUUUUUACAGCUGAACAAUGACAUUUCAUCUCUCAGAAUGACGUGUGAGUACUGGGCAGUACAGUUAUGUGUGCCUAUAUUUUUCUGUUGUUACAACGUAGUAAUGUAAAAUAAAGAACUGGAACAGUGAGCUGUUCGAAGAUGAACAUAAAUAAACCUGAAUUCAUAUUUAAAUGUACUUUAAAGGUCAUUUAAAGGUCAUUUCUGACUUCUAACGGUCAAGAGGAAUUGUCGCAACAAACCCCCUCAAACCACAACACUGUUUAUCCCACCCCUUCUCUGUGGACGCGCUGACGUUGAGAUGCCAUUGGCUGCGGCAAUUAGAACCAAUUUUCAACCAAUGAGCUUCAAUUAUUGCACUGCUAUAAGAUGUUUUGUUACAGAGUGCUGGCCCAUCAACUGCAUAUUUUGAAACCUAAUUUAAGGCCUAUAAACACAGGCAGAUGGUGAGUCAACAUGUCAGUGAGCCUUUUUCAAUGAUAGAAAGGGAUUUACAAUGGUCUUGUAACAAUGUUUUAACACAAAAAUCUUCGUCAUCAUCAUCAUUAUCGUCAUUCUUAUUUAUUAUUAUUAU